AUGCCGGUGCUUAUUGCCUUUAUGGUAACAUCUCUCACGGCCUUGAUUGCCCUCUCAAUUGGUCUCGUCACGGACUCGAUACCACUAAAUCUCACGAACAAUGUUGACGAUCACGUCCGAGACGCCUUGCGAGGUGUUUACCUCACGUUGCGGAAAGUCCUUCGGAUUCACGGACGCAGUCUUGCUCAAGACCAUGAGCACCGACUGGACCGCAUCAAAGUCCUCGAAUCUUUCAUGAUCUCUGUCAGCGACCAGAUACUCGUCUCUGAAAUUGCCAUACUAGUAGCCGCCUUCUCACGAUCCUCCGAUCUGUCCAUUUACUCGGCGAACAUGGUCACAUCACUUGCCCUCCUCGCAUCAUCAGUCCAUCUGGCCACACUCCCGGUAAUCAAGGAUUACAGUCAAAGUAACAUCGUGAUAACGACUGCGAAAAUAGUGUUGAUGAUGCUCGCUUGUUUAUCGCUGGUGACGCUCCUGAUCUUUCAGGCAUCUGCGACUUGGUAUCAACACGCUUACUUCAAGUGCGGUGUUCGAGCGCUGCGUGUGCCCUCGGACGCUUUGACCGGGAUCGACGCUUACCUUUUUCCUUUACUGGUUCUUUAUGCCCAUUACGAAGCGAUUCGAUACUUCGUUCUCCCAAGGCGAGACACUCCUCCUGCGCCCUCAACAAAUAGUCAGGCUACUACCCGUUCAAAUUCGAACGGCGCCAAAUCGACCCAUGAAACCGAACAGUGCUCAAUCAAGACCUACAAAGAGUUUUCGUCGUCGAAGUAUGCUUCAGUAUUAUGCGGAGGAACGUCGAAAGGGUUCUCACAAAACGUCAUCUCGGUGCGUUCGCACGCGGACGGGAUGGCUGGUGAUCCCAACGAGUGGGGCUUUGGACAAAUUGUCCCACUCGUGCUGUUGCUUCUGCCAGUGCUGACCGCGACGCAGCACCUCCUAGAUUAUCGCGGUCUCCUGAAGCGAAGCAAGAAAGGCCCGAAUACCCAAGGAUCCGUCAGUCCCCCACAAUCUGAACCAAGUCCGUCGAAUUCGGACGCUCCAACGGAUAGAUCCCAUCCUACCUCUGUCCUGGAGGCGCAGGAAGUCAAAGAUCCAGACAUGAGAAAGAACUCUGCCACUACGGCUUCGACAAGCACUCUGCAAGCAUCAGAUCCUCACAGCACAGCUCAAGGCAUUGUAAUGCCACAAAAUCCAAGCUUGCCCUCAGAAGGAGGACUUUCCCCGCCAUUGACGGCUCAACGGGAGCCUCCUGAGCCUGCGAAACGCAGUAUUGCGACCAAAAACUGGCUGCAAACCGCGGAUGUACUCGAACGAUGGGCCAUGAGCGACCAAUCUCCGCUGGAUGAAAACUAUCCGCACCGAGUUGAUGCCAUUUCCUGGACGCCUGUGCGCCUCUGGGUGUGGUGGUACCUAAUAUUGAUGGGACCCUUCGCAAUCAUCUAUGGCGUCGCGCUCACGGGCAUCUUUGGAAGUUCCGUUUCCUUGGGUUUCAACAUCACGUGGGCAGUUAUCAUUUCCCGAGUAUCGAUUGGAAACUGGCUGCUGAAUCGUUUCUCCAAACAGCAUCAUCAUUUUCGGUACGAUGAAGAGCAACCCAACCCCGCUACGGUGAUUACGACUACCAACGCGAUUCGUGGGGACAACGAAGCUCACGCGGACCACGAAGCUCCUCCGGUGGGUGGUGAUUGA